AUGCGGGCGGUGGUGGUGGUGCUGUUCGAUGACAACCGUUACGUGUUUUUGGAGCUUUUCUUUGCUGCAUGCUUUGAGGAGAACGAUCUUCCAGGACUCACUAGUAUCCAAGAAGAGCACCACGGUUUGGUGAGGGAGGCGACUGACAAACCACGGAAGACGUUGAAGGAUGAUAACGAAGACCAGCUGAUUCAUCCUGUCCCUGCAAGCCUCUAUUACAUGAGUUGUGAUCCUAGUCCCGAGGACAUGGAGGACACCUGCUCUGAGUACGACAACGUGGGCUCUGAUGUUGAGCAGGACUAUGAUGAGGUGCUGCAUUUAAACAAGGAGGGCGUUGUGGAUAAAAGGUACUACAAGCAGUACUCUCCCGAGGACGGUGGCUUUGUACAGCCUGCAGCAGGGGAUAAUAUUAGUGAGAACAGCAGUGCUGUUGACCAGUUGGCUCCCAGUCCUUGUCAGGGCAAAGAAAUAUUUGAGGGAUCCCGACCAGAGACUAAGCCUCACAAAACAGGCCAUCGCUUUAGAUCCCACUGUGCUGCGAUUGUAGUGGAUGAAGAUGACAGGGAGGUGGGAAAAGGCCAGGAGAACAGAUUUUUCUUCACUGAUGGAGAUGAGAUAGAAGAGGUGCUGGAUGGGGCCAAAUUUAUAGAGGAUUUAGAGGAAAUGGAGAACACUGUUCCAAGGAGGAAUAGCUUAUACCAGGACAAUGGAAAUGAAAGAAUUAGGAAGGCAGGUGAUGAAAGAGAAGAUGACACUCGAGUCACGAGAAACCAUAACAUCCCAGGAGCCAGAAGGAAGAGUGAGUCCUCCCGCAUGGGUGCAAAAGAGAAGGAGAGGCAGGGUAAAGGACAAGGGAGGAAGGUAACCAGAGACGACAUGGAGCGUAUUGUGUCCGGGAUCAAAGGAAGCACGGGCAGCAGCAUUGAACAGCGUCCAAAGACCUUGUCAAAGGACUCCAAAAACUGUGCCAUGCGGACCAAAGCUAGGUCUGCUUCCAGUAAGCCACACCCUCCUCCACCACCUCGUCACUCCCGCGCUCAGCCCCCUGCUCACACCCAGAAGCCCCCUCCUAUCAAGGAGACUCCCCCAGUUCCCAGACCCAGUCCCCCCUCUGCUGCCAGCCGGGAGAGGGAACCAAGGGAUAUCAAACCAUCCCUGGCUGCUUGCCGGUCACCGGAACAACAGAGGGAGCCUUUUGCCGAGAGGGAGAGAUGGCCAGAGAAAGACCAGCAGGGGGAGAAGCCAAGCACAGCUGUGAUACCCGAGUUGAUGCCUGAGCCGCCGAGGAGGCCUCCGUGUCCAGAGCUGGUCCCUGAGAAGGACAGCAACACACCCAAGAACACACAGGAAGCUGCUUCUUUCCCCAGCUUUGAGGAUGUCCCAGGUCCCUGUGAGCCAGAGGAUCUCAUUGAUGGGAUCAUCUUUGCCGCUAACUACCUUGGCUGCACCCCGGUGUCGUCUGAUAAAAACCCAUCCAAGUCCGUCCGCAUGUCCCAGGCGCAUGAAGCUGUCAGUCACAUCAAGAGCCAAGAUGAAGAAUCUCACAUGAUGACGGAAGUGGAUCUGUUUAUUUCCACUAAAGCCGUGAAAGUGUUGAAUGCUGACACACAGGAGACAAUGAUGGACAGUGCCUUGAGGACCAUCUCCUAUAUAGCCGACAUUGGCAGUAUUGUCGUUCUGAUGGCACGGAGGCGCUUGUCUCCGGCCUCGUCAGAGGACUUCUCAGACUCUCCCGACGCUGCCAGCGAGGGGAAGAAUCAGUACAGGAUGAUCUGCUACGUCUUUGAGUCGGAGGAUGCACAGCUCAUUGCUCAGUCCAUCGGUCAGGCCUUCAGCGUGGCCUACAGAGAGUUCCUGCGAGCCAACGGCAUCAACCCCACCGACCUGAGCCAGAAACAAUACAGUGACAUCAUCAACAACCAGGAGAUGUACCACGAUGACCUCGUCCAUUUCUCAAACUCAGACAACUGCAAAGAGCUGAAUGUGGAGAAGCAGAAAGGGGAGAUGCUCGGUGUGGUCAUCGUGGAGUCCGGUUGGGGCUCCAUCCUGCCCACUGUCAUCCUGGCCAGUAUGCUGAACAGCGGCCCCGCAGCUCGCUCUGGAAAACUCAGUGUUGGGGACCAGAUUAUGUCCAUCAAUGAAACCAGCCUGGUGGGGCUUCCACUUUCCACCUGUCAGGGCAUCAUCAAAGGUCUGAAGAAUCAGUUGAAAGUGAAGCUGAGUAUUGUGAGCUGCCCUCCUGUCACCACCGUCCUCAUCAAGAGACCCGAUCUCAAGUUCCAGCUCGGCUUCAGUGUGCAGAAUGGCAUCAUCUGCAGUCUGAUGCGAGGUGGCAUAGCCGAACGGGGAGGCGUUCGUGUUGGACACAGAAUCAUUGAGAUAAAUGGUCAGAGUGUUGUGGCUAUGGCACACGAGAAGAUUGUGCAAACCCUGUCUGUCUCAGUGGGUGAGAUCAACAUGAAGACGAUGCCUGCUGUGAUGUUCAGACUGCUGACAGGUCAGGAGACGCCUAUCUACAUUUAGGGACCCUGCAUGAAUCCACCCACUGUGGUUCUGCAUGGCUGGCUGGGUGGGGCCGAUGGACAGAUGAUGGAGACGUGACUUCCUGGAACGAGGGAAAUUUAUUUUUCUAUCAUUUGAUUUUCUCGGCCUCUUGUUGCAAUGCUGUAAAGAACAUCCAGUUCUCAUUUUCAGGUUUUACCUUGAAUUACAUUGUCACAAUGGCCUUAUGAUGUGAAUACUUUGUCUGUGGUACUGUGCGUGAGGUUCUGGCGUUGAAGAGAAGUAGCUUUAUGGUCAUGAUUAUUUUCUUAUGAAGAGAUAAAUUAGUACAUUUAUUUUUAUUUAGUCAUUUUUAUAAUGUUUAAAAAUGUACCUCUAGUGUAAAUACUUUGGAUUACUCAAGGAUUUGGUUGGAAGGGCCAUAUUACUCCUACAGUAUAUGCAUGUUAUAAAGAACUACUGACAACGGAUUCAUUCUCAAUCCGAUAUGAUAAUCUAUUACAGUAAGUAUUCAAAGAUUGUAAUAUUAUGCUGUACAAAGGCACUAAACUAUGUGUUUUAUGGUGAUGCUGAAGGCCAAAGACACACCUACUUUUCACAUGCAGUAUUGGUCAUCAUUACCUUUAGCAGAGCGUACAGUGCAAGAAUGUAUCACAAUAUACAUUACUGAAUGAAUGUAAUGUUAUAAGACACUAAGAAUACAAUCUUACAGAAUCAUUA